CGUGAAAGGGAUGGUAGGUGUCAAUCGGAGAUGCAGGCGGGCGUGUCGAAAAGCUGUAAAAUCACAAGCAUUUUACUGGCUCAUCAUUGUUCUUGUCUUCCUCAACACUGCAGUCCUGGCCAGUGAGCACUAUCGGCAACCUGACUGGCUUAGCAAGUUCCAAGAUUAUACCAAUCUUUUCUUCGUGGUGCUGUUUACAUGUGAAAUGUUGUUAAAGAUGUACAGUUUAGGCUUCCAAGGCUACUUUGUGUCUUUGUUCAAUCGUUUUGAUUGUUUUGUGGUGAUCAGCAGCAUCACCGAGGUGGUUCUCACAUCCACUGAGCUUAUGCCUCCACUGGGUGUCUCGGUGCUCAGAUGUGUCCGUCUUCUCAGAGUAUUCAAAGUGACAAAAUAUUGGCGGUCACUCUCCAACCUGGUUGCUUCCCUUCUCAACUCCAUCCAGUCCAUCGCCUCCCUGCUGCUCCUGCUCUUCCUCUUUAUUAUUAUCUUUGCUCUUCUGGGCAUGCAAGUCUUCGGUGGCCGCUUUAAUUUUAACCCAAUGGAGGACAAACCGCGGCAUAAUUUUGACAACUUCGUUCAGGCCAUGUUGACAGUGUUCCAGAUCCUGACAGGUGAGGAUUGGAACGUAGUGAUGUAUGACGGUAUUCGUGCCUAUGGUGGAGUGGCCACUGCUGGCAUCAUCGCCUGUUUCUACUUCAUCAUUCUUUUCAUCUGUGGUAAUUACAUCUUGCUCAAUGUCUUCUUGGCUAUCGCUGUCGACAACUUGGCCGAUGCUGAUGCCCUUGGUGACGCUGAAGAGGAAGAAGGCAAAGAGGGAGAGGAAGGUGAAGGUGGAGGUGGUGAAGAAGGUGAAAAGAUAGAAGAAGAAGGAAUAGAAGGUGAAGAAAAGACAGCACUAAAUCACAUAGCUAUGAGGGAUGGUGAUGCUGCCAGUCAUGCAAAAGUACAGAUAGAACACGACCAAAUACCAGAAGAAGGAAAAUAUGAUGAUUAUGAAAAUGAAGGGGAAAUGGAAGAAGAGGAGGAAGAAGUGGAAGAGGAGAGCGAGGAACAUCCACCAGGAGCCAGACCCCGGCGUGCAUCACAGCUCAGUACUGCCACCAAAAUCAAGCCAUUGCCCCCGUUCUCCAGUUUUUUUAUUUUCUCCCACACAAACAGGUUUCGAGUUUUUUGCCACAAGAUUUGCAACCACAGCCUCUUCAGCAAUGUCAUUCUGGUAUGCAUUCUCAUAUCAUCCGGCAUGUUGGCUGCUGAGGACCCCCUUCGCUCUGAUUCUCAGCGUAACGUUAUCUUGAACUACUUCGACAUCUUCUUCACAUCAGUGUUCACAGUGGAGAUUUGCCUAAAAGUUAUAUCAUAUGGCUUUAUUCUUCACAAAGGAGCCUUUCUACGCUCAGCCUUUAAUGGUUUGGACCUGUUGGUUGUGGCCGUCUCACUGAUCUCCUUCUCCUUCAAGGAUGGAGCUAUUUCGGUGGUCAAGAUCCUCCGUGUGCUCCGUGUGCUGAGACCACUCAGGGCUAUCAACAGGGCCAAGGGUUUGAAGCAUGUAGUUCAGUGCGUCAUUGUGGCCAUUAAGACCAUCGGCAACAUCAUGCUGGUCACCUGUCUCCUAGAAUUCAUGUUCGCUGUAAUUGGAGUUCAGUUGUUCAAGGGCAAGUUCUUCAGUUGCAAUGAUAUUUCCAAAUCAGUCGAGGAGGAGUGUCAGGGCCAAUACAUUGUAUAUCAGGAUGGAGACAUAAACAAACCCAUGGUGGAGAAGAGAGUUUGGGAGAAGAACUCAUUCCACUUUGACAAUGUGGCCAAGGCAAUGCUGACCCUUUUCACAGUGUCUACCUUUGAGGGGUGGCCUGGGUUGCUGUAUGUUUCCAUCGACUCCAACACAGAGGAUGUGGGUCCUGUACAUAACUACCGACCCAUGGUAGCAAUCUACUACAUCAUCUACAUCAUUAUCAUUGCCUUCUUCAUGGUUAACAUCUUCGUUGGUUUUGUUAUUGUCACCUUCCAGAGCGAGGGAGAGCAAGAGUACAAGAACUGUUGUUUAGACAAAAAUCAGAGGAACUGUAUAGAGUUUGCACUGAAGGCCAAGCCUGUGCGGCGUUACAUUCCCAAGAACAGAUUCCAGUACAAGAUCUGGUGGUUUGUGACAUCACAGCCAUUUGAAUACGCAAUCUUCACUCUAAUUAUGCUGAACACAGUCUCCCUAGCUAUGAAGUUCCGUGGGGAGCCAGAGGCCUACACUCAUGCCCUUGACAUUCUCAAUCUCAUCUUUACUGCUGUCUUUGCCCUUGAGUUUGUCCUCAAGAUUAUGGCCUUCAGAUUCAAGUAUUACUUUGGCGACGCGUGGAAUGUGUUUGAUUUCAUCAUUGUGCUUGGCAGCUUCAUUGAUAUCGUCUACUCAGAGGUCAAUCCGGGCUCCAAUCUCUUCUCUAUCAACUUCUUCCGACUCUUCCGUGUGAUGCGUCUGGUGAAGUUGCUUUCAAAGGGUGAAGGCAUUAGAACAUUACUGUGGACCUUCAUUAAGAGCUUCCAGGCACUGCCGUAUGUUGCCCUCCUCAUCUUGCUGCUCUUCUUCAUCUAUGGUGUUGUUGGCAUGCAGGUGUUUGGCAAGAUUGCACUGGACUGGGGCACGCAGAUCCACCGUCAUAACAACUUCCAGAGCUUCUUCCAAGCAGUAAUGGUUCUUUUUAGGUCUGCCACAGGAGAGGCAUGGCAGGAUAUCAUGUUGUCCUGCCUCCCACCUGAUGCUCGGUGCGACAUGCAUUCCGAUGAUUACAGCGAUGAUAUUUCCUGCGGCUCUAAUGUGGCAUACCCAUAUUUCAUUUCCUUCUACACUCUUUGUUCUUUCUUGAUCAUUAACUUGUUUGUGGCUGUCAUCAUGGAUAACUUUGACUACCUAACUCGUGAUUGGUCCAUCCUUGGCCCUCACCAUCUGGAUGAGUUCAUCACUCUGUGGUCAGAGUAUGACCCUGAUGCAAAAGGCAGAAUUAAGCAUCUAGACGUUGUUACACUUCUCAGAAAAAUAUCACCUCCUUUAGGCUUUGGAAAACUUUGUCCAUACAGAGUAGCAUGUAAACGUUUAGUGGCCAUGAACAUGCCAUUAAAUACAGAUGGUACAGUUAUGUUCAAUGCAACAUUAUUUGCCCUAGUAAGAACAUCUUUAAGAAUAAAAACUGAGGGCAAUAUUGAUACUGCCAAUGAGGAAUUAAGAGCAGUCAUCAAGAAAAUCUGGAAGCGUACAAAUCCCAAACUUCUAGACCAAGUUGUACCACCAGUUGGAGUUGAAGACGAUGUGACUGUGGGCAAAUUCUACGCUACCUACCUCAUCCAGGACUACUUCAGACGCUUUAAGAAGAAGAAGAUGGAGAUUAAAGAACAAAUUGAUAAAGAGUCUGCAAAUACUGUUACACUUCAGGCUGGCCUGAGAACACUACACGAAGCUGGUCCCGAGUUGAAGCGUGCCAUCUCAGGCAACUUAGAUGAGAUGCGUGAUGAUGAUAUUCCCACGCAUAGGGCGGGUAAUAUCUUGCAUCCUGUAAUUCUGAAAGUCAACAACCAGAUUAUGAACAUGAUUUCUCCAACCAACUCACUCUCAUACUCUCCUGCACAUUCUAAUGAGAAAACUGCGCUCAACCAUACUGCGCACCGUCCUCCAACCCCAUUGGAAAGCUCACAGUCCAUGGGGGAAGAAGAGGAGGGAAUCCCUAUGCGUCCUCUUAGGAUAAUGAACGGGGAUCCUGAGAGAAGAGCAAAUCUAGUAAUAAAGGACAAACAAAUGCAGUAUUUGACGCCCGACUAUCAUGCGACCUCUCACAGUGAGAGCAAUGGGAGCCUCCCCGGUGACCGCCACUCCCAGAGUGUCCCAAGCAGUCCCAGAAGUGUCUCCAGGCCUUAUUCUGAGGUCGUAGGCUCUGCUGAAAGUCUGGUUGGGAGGGUACUGGUAGAACAGGGCUUAGGGAAAUACUGUGAUCCUGACUUUGUACGUACAACUUCACGAGAGAUUGCGGAGGCCUUGGAUAUGACGUCAGAGGAGAUGGACCGUGCAGCUCAUAAUAUCCUCUCGUCAUCACAGGAAGCAGUACAUGAAGAUGCUGAACCUGAGCACCAAAGAGGGGCACGCGGGCCUCUUAGACGCCAAAAUUAUGAUCGCCAUUCACCCUUAUAGAAACAAGUGUGUGCAUAAGCAGCCUAAAUCUGUUAUAUGGUGGUUUUAUUAUGUACUCGUUCAUCCACUUCAACCUGCCUCUCAAAGCUAGUGGAAGUUUCUUGAGGAAACUCUCCCAUACGUGUAUUCAGAGAGUAUUAACGGCUUUAGAGCAAGAGUCCUCAGUGUGGUCCUUGGGGUCUUCCCAGCCACCUCUGCUCUGUGGAUGGUCUUCUAUGGGAGGCAUUGAUGAGGAUCACAUAUUGUUGUUUUCUAUGGACAUUUGUAGAAAAGGGGAAGAAAAGAAGGAAGGACCCUUCUUAACCUGUGAAUCAUUUUGUACCCAUGGUUUUGAUCAUAUCCCCUACUGGAAGGGGGGAAUGUGUUCUUGGGCCCACCACCAUUCCUAUAUGCAGAUGAAGCUUUCUGUUAAAUCUCUUUGUCUUUCAGAUAAGAAGUUACAUCAGGUAAAGAGCCAGAGCCUAACUUUUUCAUCUGCAACUGUCAAUGUGGUAGGGCAACCAAGGCAUAGUUGUUAGGACCUACUUCUUUGUUUUGUGGGAUUUGUACAAGUUGGCAAGUCAGUGUUGGUAUACCUGAAGGAUUCCCCCCAUGGGAGUCUCGAUCCCUUAGUUGGUUGUGGACUUCCCAAACCAUAGAGAUUGAUACUGUGAAAUAUUUAGCAUUAUUCUUGCCUCAGCGAUUGUUCAGUAAGACUCAUUUUUAUAAAUGGGAAAUAGAGACUUAUAGAAAGUCUUUUGAAGGCAAUGAAUAGUUAUCUUUUCACAUGACAUCAAUCUUGUGCUCGCACUUGGAAAGUGUCAUAUUCCUAUUGAAGUAAGUGUAUGAGGAAAUGCUACAGUCAUGCUUAACAAAAAUAUAAAGUUAUGAUAUCUGGGUAGGGAUAUAUGGCCCUAAGCAGUUUGUUAACGGCUGUGACAAAAUCUGAUUUCAUACUGUAGCUCUGUGUUGGGCUUUGACAUGUGAGCAUGCAUCAUAUCUCUUAUUACUAUAGGAUGUGAAAACUGUCGAGUAGAACAGUGUAACCUCUACACAUUUGAGUAGGGGUUAACUUACUAACCCAAAGUGCCUCUCUCAAUUGUGAUAAUCUGUUGUUAUUUCCUCUCAAACAAUUUUCACUGAAAGGUACUGAAAUCACCUCAUGUCAUCCAUAAUUAUUUUCAACUUUUUCAUCUUGAAGGAGUUGCAAUAUUUUCUUCAGAACACAUUAAUUUGUGGAUUCUUUUUGGGCCAACUGGGUGAAGUUGGCAACUGGCCUGCACAUUUGGGUCUUUAUUGUUGUUGUUGUAGAGAGUAGCUGUAUAAUCCUGUGAUCCUAGAAACACGCGUGACAUUUUUUGUCAAAAACCCAAACACAGCAUUGCCCACCCAAGUUCAAUACUGAAGUUUAGUCUGCGUUCGGCUACUACUGUGUUGAAAAAAAAAAAAUUACAUGCUCAUAAGUAAAUCAGAAAGAAAGACUGUGGCGUGAAAAGUUCAAUCCAGCGCUGAAGCUCAAGAGGAGUAAACAUGAACUGAAGUAUCUCCUUUUGAAGCAGGCCAAAACUUGAAUGAAAGUCUGAAAUGCAUUGCUUGCUCUCAUGGUAAGCAGCAGCAGAACUAUUCAGGGUAAAUGUGGCAACCAAGUACCUAACAUUUUGUUUUGUCUAUGAAAAAAAGAAAUGUUGGUUUCUUAAAUGGGCUCAGUGAUUACGCCUCAAGAAUAACAGGAUGGUCUCGAGUUCCAUUAGUUCUAUUCGUAUUAAUUUUGGAAAAAACAAGAUUACAAUCUUGUUUCUUUGCAUUUGUUAUGAUGUAUAAAUUCCUUUAGAUGACUGUAGGACUGUUAGUUUUAUUAAAAGAAUUAUAAAAUUCAAUGUACGUUUAUAUCCAUAUUUUUUACCUCAUUGUUAGAGGUUUUGAAAAUUGGAGGAGAGAUUUUUAUGACUUCAAAUACAGUAUUUAAUAAAUAUUACUGCAGCAGAAAAGAAAUCAAAUUCAUUCUCCAAAUCAACCUUACAGCAUAAUUUGCUGCCUUUGUGAUAAGCAGAAAAGGCAGUCCAAGAAUUGAAUUGGAAAUAUGUAAACAUGUUUUUAUAAACAAUUUUAGAAAAUCAACCCCACAGAACAUGUGUCAAGUGUUCACAGUGCUGCUAUGAACUUGUUCAUCUCCGCAAAUUUUCAAAUCCUCUUGGGUAGUGGUCAGGUGAUGGAGACUACUGCCACCUGAACCUAAUGUUGUGUCCCAGAAACGGAAUCCAAGACCACAGUGACCAGAUUUUGUCAUGGAUAGAUAUACAUAGGGUCGAGUAGUCCUCUGUUUCUAUAAUCAGUAUGUGGAGUUAUCAAGACAAUUUCAUGUGGUGAUGAUAUCUGCAAGCAACAUUUUUGGUUGUACUUGCCAUCAUCCUCAAUUUGACCAUAGAUAGUUCAUAUUUUGUCUGAAAUAACUAUAGCCUUGAAUAGCCCUAGUUUGUCCACUUCCAAAGGUUUUGGUGCUCAAUGUCCAUGACAGUUGUCUCUCGUGUUCCAACUUUGUCAUACACUACACAUUUUUACCAAUUUACCACUGCUUCAUUUAAACUUAUUACAAAUUGUUAAUAUUUGAUCAGUAGGAUUUAGUAACUCAAUUCCAUUCUGGGAUACAAUUGUGUUAUAAACUAUAGACCCCUUCUAAUGUUGAAUUUUUGUUGACCUUGUGCAACGGCCUGUAAGUGUGAUGGCCGGUCAGGGGACAAAAUGUCAAUUGUCGUCACAGGAUAAAAGUUAUCUGGAAAAUGAGUGUUUCUGCAAUGUCUCUGAAAUGUUCAUGUUUUUAUUUUCACAAAAGAACUCCAUUAGCUUUUGUGAAAAGUUUGGCAUACAAAUCAUUAUAAUAAGUAUAUUUCAAAAACAUUGCCAGUUGACAAUAACUGCAGAGAAUAAUUUCUUUUACAUCUCCAAGAGUCAAUCACUAAUUUACUGUGAAUGGUUUGAUAAAUGUUUGACACAUUACUCAAAAUCUUAUGUGCCAUCAGAGGUGUCGUCAUCCAUCACUAUUGUGCUAUUCAUAGGUCAUUUUAGUAUAUGAUAUGGCAGUUAUUUUAUGUUGCUUUAUAAUUUUUUAUAGGUUUCGUGGCCAAUAAGAAUUGUUAUAUUUUUAAUUCCUAGAUACUUUAGAGAAGUAGUGGAUGUAUAAGAGUAUACUUCGCAGGGGUCUACAUGAAGCUGAUCGUAAAUAUGGGUAGUGUUCAUGAACCGCUGCUGGACUCAAGUUCCCUACUUCACUUCAAAGUGGCCGAUUUUUUACUGUAGGAUUUUAUAUGAGGUCAGUAUUAGAUGUGCAGUUAUUAUAUUAUUUUGUUGUUUUUUUUUUCUCAAGAAAGAGUAGCACAUGUAAAUUUCAGCAUAGAGAAGUGACAAUAUGUCUCACUGCACAAAUAUUGUUAUUGUGAAAUAUUUGUAUCUAUUUAAAGGUGAAUAAUAGUCAUCAUAGAACAAUGAUGGCAUAUUUUCUACAUAAUUUUACUACUUCAUCUAAUUGUAAUUAAAACACAUUUACUGGGAAACUGGUGUGAGGUGUUGUGCCUGGUGUUGGAGGUUUAUGUGAUUUUGUAAGGAAAAUAAAACCUUUCUUUCCUUGAGGGAUUUUUGACUGCAAUGUGGUAUGAGCGGUUUCCAGCCACAAGUUGAUAAGUCAACUACAAUAUUUUCAAGUUCCAAGUUUAAGCAGCUGUAUGGUAGCCAUGAUCCUGAAAAACACUGGAUCAGAACGUUUAUAAUUACUCACAUAAUGAAUAUUUCAAAUUUAUGUACAUUAAUUCUAGUUACAAGCUAUUUAAACCUUUUUUUUUUUUCUUUCUUUCUUUUUCUCUUUUUCUUUCUUAGUUAACUCUAUUUGAAAAGCUUCAAUGCAAUCAAUAAUCCCUCCCUUUAACCUCUAGUUCGUGACAGUUAUUGUUUAUCCAUAUCUACCUUAUUCUUUUGCUGCCUAUUCUUGUAUAGCCUCUAUUCUUCUUUUGUGAUCUACCCUUUUCUUCAUUUAUCAUCUAAUUUACUCUGAUAUACUACUGUCUUUACCUCAGACUUAAAAAAACACUAUGUUUGUCUGCUUGUUAUAUGUAUGUUGAUCCGGAAGAGUGUGGAAGGAACAAUCACGAAUUUACAUUUGCCAAUUCUCGUCAUAAUUUAUACAGUGUUGUAGCAAUUCUCAUUUGGAAUAAAACCUAACCUUGUGAUA